CCGCGCCGUGCUGCCGGUCCUGCCUGCGCUGCCUGCCCCGCUCCGCGCCGUGCUGCCGGUCCUGCCUGCGCUGCCUGCCACGCCACGCUCCGCUCCGCGCUGCCUGCCCCGCCUGCCCCGGCCCGCACCGUCCUGCCGGCACCGGGACACAGGCUUCCAGCCCCUCUCCAGCCCCUCUCCAGCCCCGAUGGCCUGCCAAGAGAGCGAGUACCUGGAUGAGCACGGGAAAUGCACCCCCUGCAGAAACUGCAUGCCCGGGCAGGAGCUUUCCAAGGACUGUGGCGACGGCGGCGGGGGGGAUGCGCAGUGCGUUGCCUGCCCUCCCAGGAAGUUUAAGGACAACUGGGGGUAUCACGGCUGCAAGCCCUGCCUCUCCUGCGCCCUCAUCAACCGCAUCCAGAAGUCCAACUGCACAGCGACGACCAACGCAGUCUGCGGGGAGUGCCUGCCGGGGUUUUACCGCAAGGCGCGGAUCAGCGGGCAGCUGGACUGGGAGUGCAUCCCUUGCACCAAGCAGACGCCCUCCUCUGAGCCUCAGUGUCAGUCCAGAACAAACCUGGUGAAGGUAGCCAUCCCCACCGUACCGCCGCAGGACACAGCCCUUCUUGCACUGACCAGCAGUGCCCUGGUCAUCAUCGUACUGGUGCUUCUGGCACUCUCCAUCAUCUACUGCAAGCGGUUUUGGAAGAGCCAGUGCCAGCGAGUCUUCCUGAGGACUCAGAACUUCUCGGGCCAGCGAGCAAUGUUCCCAACCACAGCGGCGCCUGGCAGGUUCCUGUGUGAGGAGCAGAUGUCUGGUCCAUGCUGCCUGGGUGUGAAGAACCUGAGCCCCUGCUACAGGCAGGCAGAAGGCCCCGUGGAAGCAGUCCAGUUCAUUUCAGACGGGGAAGCCGUGGGUCUCCAGCUCCCCUCUCUCCAGCUGGAGCCGGACUUGUCGCCGGCCGUCGCGGUCGGCACUGCCUCCAAAGCCCAGCUGGGCAGGAGCCUCCUGGAAAGCCAGCCCCUCAUCCGGGCCUCGGGCCGCGGCGACUGCCUGGCCGGGGUCCGGCCACCCUCCGACCCCAGGCAGGGCCAGCCGGGCAUGGCGGAGGCGCUGGCCCCCUUCUCCUCCUGUGCCUCUGAGAUGCAGCACAAGUGGCCGCACGCCCCAGUGGAGUGCACCGAGCUGGACCUCCAGAAGUUCUCCAGCCAGGCAGAGUUUGUGGGUGGCGAGCGGCCAGAAGACACGGCGAGCCGGGCGGCACAGAGGAUCCCGGCAGAGAACGGCGGCACCGGGCAGGAGGGGGCCCAGCACCCGCCCUCCGCCUUCCCGAAUCCCACUGCUGAAAGCGGGGAGCAGCCGGUGGAUGAUGCCCAGAGCCUCGUGACUCAGAUCAGCAGCACGACGAAGGGUCUGCCGGUAGCAGGGCUGCCCCGUUCCUUGGUGCAGUCACUUGCCUUCUUGUUGGACCCUUCCUUGAACGGUGUGAAGAACUUCAGCCACGUGGCGCUGGAGCUGGGGGUCACACCCCAGUUGCUGGGACGGAUAUCUGGAUUUGAGCAGCUCGUCGCUCACUUCACCUACUCGGGAGACGCGGUCACCAUCCCAGUCCUGGCCCAAGCUCUGCAGCGGCUCCAGCGGUUCGACGCCUUGCUCCUGCUCUGCGACCACUUCGCGCUCAGCCAGGCUCAGGGCCGCCAGCGCUAGAGAGGACAGGGAAGGGGCGGAGGAAGCUCCAGGCACUGUGUGUACUGGUACGGGAGAGGAUCCGGUAGCCCUGUGGUCACAUAAUCUCUCUGAUGUGCACGUGGGGAGUACGUGGAGAUAGAUGGUCUUUGCAUCGCGGGACGGAAGGAUGCGAAGGGGAGCGUCCCUCCUCGGGGGAGUGCCGGGAGGCCGCAGCCGUGCCUCCUCCCAGCCUCCACACAGGAGGGUUUGCUCAGGCCCCUCCGGAGGCCGUUUUUCUCCGGCUGUUUUGACACCCUUGUCCAGCAGCGGAAUGCCAUCAGUCGCUGUGCCACCUGCGCCGCGGUGCUCGCUCUGCCGUGAGCUCUGUGCUGCGCCCGCUGCUGGCAUGGGGUCCCUCGGUCUCUGCGGGCAGCCACCCUCCUACGGGCCCAGCCAUCGCCUCCCUCCCAUUCCAGCGUUCCCAUCCUUCGUCUGUCCCGUGCUCUGCUUUCCCAGGUGCCGGUUGCCGCUUUUCCAGUUUACUUUUUGCUCGCUCCUCCCUCGGCAGAGGACCCAGCCCUGGCUGCUCUACCGGGCUCCGGCCUUCGCUCUCCCUGUGCCACCCUGGGGCCUUCCCCUCCGUGUCCUGUUUGCGCAGCGGUGCGGUCUCAGACCGACCCUGGGGUGGGUUGAUGUCCCUGUCGCAGCGCGGUGCUGUGCUGCUGGCCUGGGGACGGUGCUGGCUCGCUCCCUGGGCUCUUGCCGUGCGCCCGGACCCUGUGCACAUCUGCUGACCGCUGCCUGCCGGCGCCGAGGCUGUGCAACCCGUCCUGUGGUGACACAGGGCGGCAGAGAGGGCUGCUUCACCCCGGGGAGAGCUGGGGCCAUGCCAGCGCCGGGCGGCAGCUGCAGACCGUGACCGUGGCUGGGUCGCAGUCAGCGGUGACAUCGCUGUGCCAGUCACGGCAGAGCCGUUUUGUUUUAAAGUAAUAUUCUUUCCUCCCCCCCCCACAUAAAAAUGGCCUAACUUUCUCAUUUCUGGGAGUAGCUGCUAGGGAGGGGAGCACCCUCCUGCUUUUAAUUUCUUCUGGAGGAUUUGUCAGAGCUUGCAUAGUCCCGCCUGUGCCGGGCACCCCUGAUUUUGGGUGUUGUGCCCCGGGACUGGUGGCUGCAGACAUCCGGGCUGCUCUCCUGAAUCCGCCCCAGCGGCGUUACACGGGAUUUUGCUGGCGGUCGAACAGACGUGGCGGGAGGGACGUGGCGGGAGGCUGUGCCGGAGCCGAGCGCUGCCCAGGGAGCGCAGCUCCUGCCUGCCUCUCUGCAGUCUGGCGUGUCUGUCGGGGCGCGGCGGCGCGGGGGCGGCCAGGCAUGCGGGAGCUGCCCCGGCACGGCUGCCAGCCGGCGUGGGGCCAACGCGCGGUGCCGGCGCCCGGCCGCGGAUGCCGUUCCUGCUGAGGUCACGGGCAGAGCAGCCGGCAGCGGCGAGUGCCGGCGACCUACGGCUCCCUCCAACCAGCGGUUCAAGGCCGGGUGCCUUUAGGUGCCAUCCGAUAAGUGUCACCCCGGGUUGUCCCAGGACCCCCAGGCGACAGCGUGGGGGCCGAGCUGGCGGCACUCACCGGAUCUGGCGCUUUGCUGCUCGGUUCCUGACGGCCGCAGCUGGCGGCUGGCUCUGCCGAGCGCUUUCCCCGGGGUCCUCAGCUGUGCCAGCCACCAGCAAGCGGCACUGUUACCCUGCCGCCCACCCGGGCACCCGCCGGGCAUCCCCGGCGGCGCUCACAGGGUUUGCCUUUUAUCUGACCACUGUACUUGGAAAUAGCGUGCGACCUUCUGGGAAGGCAGCCCUUUCCUCAGAUCUGCCCGCACACCAGUAUUAAUAGCUGCUGUUCUUUUUUCUUUUCCCCAUUAAAUGCUGUUAAGACUUGAACGCGCUCAGGAUGUGGUCAGAUAACGGGAGGCAUGGGCAGUUUCAGCUGGAUGUGACACUUUCUCUCCCCCGCUGUUUGUUUCUUCCAAAGUCAAGGUCGUUUUAUUGCUCUUUGCUCCACAAGAACCAGAAAUAUUAGACCUUGUACCCAUUUUAGGCUGGGAUUAGUCAGGCUCUCAUUACAUGCUUGGUCUGUUACGGAGCAGUCAGGAAAAGUAUUGCUAAAGCAAAUGCAGCCUGUGGUCAGGGUUUUUUUCAUUUGAGGUUUAUCUGCGGCAGGGAGAGAGUGUUUGGAUUAAUCACAUAACAAAACCGAAUAAAUAUUUAAUCCCUCUGUGGACACACUUAGUCACUUCCAGCAGGAAUUAAGAGAAAUUCACCUACAGCUGUCUGAGUAAGAGCAUUCAUGCAGCUCAACUCACCAGCUCUGGCUUUGAAGUUGGAACCUGUCUGGGUGGCUUGUCCGGCGUGUCCCUGUGUCACCGGUGCCACCAGCGGGUUGUCCCUCGGGGCGCCCAGGCAGGACGGCAGAGCCAGCCGCCUCCUGUCCCACAGCAGCGGCGGGAGCAAGGCAGGGGCAGGAACGGCUGUUAAAUUAAAAACGGUGAACAGUGAGGACACUGUCACACGCAUGCUGCGUGGGUCCUCGCGUGUGUCCCGUGUGUGCUGAGCAGUUCUGCUGGUGUGCCCGUGGGUGGGCUCUGGACCCGUUGGACAGAUUAGUUUUUAUUAUUUUUCUUCUCCCUUCUUUAAAGAAAUCAACCCAUUCCCUUCAUAGCUUUUAAGGUAAACUAUUAUUUUUUCAGCUGUUUGAUGUCUGAGCAAUGUUAUUCAUGGUCAGAACUUAACCUCUGCCUCGAGGCUGAGGAGGUGCUGCGUAGGGCGGGUGCGUGCCGUGCCGUACGCGGUGCGUAGGGUGGUACGUGCCAUGCACAAUGCGUAGGGUGGGUUCGUGCCGUGCUGCAGCCCCCACCCCUCCGGGUGCUGCCCCUGGAGCCGCAGCCGUGCCGCUGGGCAAGCUGCCUGCGGCGCUGGGCUGGCAGGACCUGGCAGCACAAGGCAGGGGUGGGUUUAGCGAUGUUUAAGUGUGUUUUAACUGUUCUUGGUCCCACCCAGAGCCUCUUACACGGUCUCAGUGCGAGUCACCGUGUUUGGUGCUCCGGGGAGACUUGACCCCGCACAAGAGCGUUGCAGGACGGGGCUUUUCAGUGGUGGAGACCCCCAGGUCCCACCCAAGGGCUGCUCCCCACUCUCACCGGUGUCUGUGGCGGGCACCUUCCUUCCAGCUGCGGUGACAAAAUCACCUGUGUUUACACGGGCCAAAAUUUCUACAAGUGGCCUUUAACUCACCCCCCUUGGCUCCCCGUCAGCUGGAUUUCCACAAGCCCAGCUGAAACCCUCGUGAGACGGGGAACCACGAGAGCCUGAAAAACAGGGCAGAACGCUGCGAUUGGGAUGGCAGCAGUCCCUGGGCAGUGGAUUUCUUUAGCUGGGAACCAAUGGACUUGAUACUUGACUUCUGCUUUUUAAUAGUAUUUGCAGCACAAUACAUGGAAUGUAAGGGAAGAAGAUUCCCAUAGCACUGGAUCUCGCGUUGCAGCGUCAGGAAGCCGUUUGUGCCAAGCUGGCACGGCUCAAAAAGAGUUGAAAGAAAUCAAAUAAUUCAGCAUCUGUGCAAACUUUAGCUGGGGCUGAACAAUGGAAAUACUCUUGUGCAGCAGGAUUGGUUUUUUACAAGUGAUUGUUUUUGACACCACACUUGUCUGGAAGUCUGAUUUGCAGAGGAAUUUGUAUGAUAAGUUUAAGUCCAGCCCUGUUCUGGAAAGCUCUUAAGCAUAGACUUAAAAAUAGGCAUGUACUUAAAUCCUAUUAAAAUGUUCAUUAAAAUGCACAAUUAGUACAUCCUUGGGUGCUUUUCUUAAACAGGGUGCUUAUAAGGGUUGUACCUUCAAUAUGCUCUUACAGAAGCAGGCGAUACUGAAGAAAACUUGGUUUUAAUGAUCUGGGCACACUUCUCGGAAAAGUCUGCAAGUGUUAGGGGGAAAAGCCCUAUGUGUUUUGGAUUACUUAAUAAUGCAGACUCUGGUGCUUUUUAAAAAAAAAAAAAAAACAAACCAACCAUUUCUGUAGCCGUGGUUUACCUAGGGGAAUACAUGGUAUUUUUUAUGGUGGAUGUUAUUUUUUCUUUAAGGUUACAAAUAGGUUAUUUAUAUUUUUGUAAAUUCUGUGUCAUUACCAUUGUAAUUCUGAAGUAGAGUCGUUCCUGUUGUUUUUUGGGUGAUGUCUGUAUUCACAUAAAGCAGCAGCUGAAGCUCCUGCCCUUUACACAAGGGGUGUGCGUGUGCCCCACAUUCCUCCCAGACGGGGUGCUCUCAAAUGCUGUGUAUUUGUAGUUAAAUAAAUUUCAGAGCUGGA